AUGAGUAACCGCGAUCGCCUUCACGGGCUCCCCGCGGGCUUGUCGCCGCAAAAAGGUCGUCGACCUGGAGGGGAAAUUCGCAAUGGUGGAAACCUAGCGCCUGGAACAUCGGCGAUGUCGCGAGCAGAGAAAUUCGAAGAUGAAAAACAACGCAUCAUCCAGAGCUGUUUCUCAAAGAAAGAGCCGGAUGGGUCAGUUAUCGAAUCAUAUAUUACUCAUAUCCGUGUGAUGGAAGAUGGAAGCUAUCCUUCGAGUCCUCCUCCCCCGGAUUCUUCGCCUGAUACCAAGAAACCAAGGAUAAUAAUUAUCGCUGUUCGAAAAUCAGGGAGGGUUCGAAUGCACAAAGCACGAGAAAAUGAUAACCAUUCCUUUUCAAUCGGGAAGACGUGGAUGCUUGAUGACCUCGCUCGUAUACAAACCUAUGAGAACUCCGUGCCAUCAAAUCCUGUCGAACAGCAACAAAAACAAUGGGCGUCUAAUGUCGGAUUUAUUGUUACUAUUACAAAGCCUUACUACUGGCAGUCAGAUACACCUAAAGAGCGGGACUUUUUUAUUGGAAGUUUGGUCAAGAUAUAUAAGAAAUACACUGGUGGGAAGUUGCCAGCAUUGGUCGGCUUUGAUUCUCGAGAUAGAGAAAUACUUACUGGCGGUGCAUCCAGUGGUUCUCAAUCCGUUAAAAUCCCAAAACAACCAGAAAUGAACGCCGCGAGGCAGGAUCAGCGACUCCCUGGAUCUCGUUCUCCAUCAGCCCUCGCAAAUCCCACACAGUCACCACUUUCAAAUCGAGCUCCAAGUCGCGAUGGGCCUAUGGAACCCCGAAGACAACCUUCAAGGGAACCAUUCAUGCGAAAUCAGCCUAGCCAAGAACAAAUGCAGAGAAUGCGAGUCCCUUUCGCUACACCUCAAGUUCUACAAACAUCACCAUCAAAAGAAGCCCUCUCAUCCAAGACAAUCGAAUCACCUUUCUCAGAAUACGCACCUACUACCUCAUUUACAAAUGAAUCAGCUUCAAGAAAACACCUGGCACCUAUAUCCACGGACGGUACUACCAAAGUGCAGUCACCUGGUGAGGGUUUUGGCCUUCCUCGCUCUAUCUCUUCUGAAGACCAAGGAAGUCUGCGUGACAGAAACAGACGAAAUCUAGACCCUGAAAGUGCCUCUCCUUUAGAGCCCUUAAAGCAGAGAGUGUUCCCUCAAGCUGGACGGCGGGACGGCUCGCCAGGCUUACUACGCCCCUCAACUGCUGGUUCAAAAGCAAGUUCCGGAUCCAGAAGUCCACGUACAGAGAUGGACGAGAUGACUGCUGCACCAAUUGCAAACUCUGCGCCUUCUCGAGAACUACCUCCCUCUAGAGGAAGCAACGUGUCUAACGAAUCUAACAUUAUCCCCACCCUUCCUCCCGUGUCAACAACCGCGUUUGAGGUUGGAUUCGAAUCCUCCAUGCCCAAUGCCGAUACAGAUACCUCUCGUCGACAACCACCCGCUGAGCCAGCUCCUCUGCAAGUUGAAAUUAAAAAGGACCCGUCCCCACCACCAGAGGAGGAGACACACAGACCAGGGCUUGGACCAAUGGUAAAGAAAAAGGCUAGCAAGGACGUUGCCAACACUUUUCGAAAGGCUGCUACAGCCUAUAGUGCCUUUAAACCCAGAGCUGGAGGCGCUGCGGAGCGUUUGAUGGCGGCAAAAGAGAAGUCGGGCAACGAACCUGAUGGCAUUACAAGCGUUGUGCCUGCACCAUUUUCAAGGAUGCAAAGCAGUGAAGUUGUAAAGGAUACCCCGUCGAAGGAGCCUGCAGAAACUCAGGGGCGUUUCAAAUCACAGCCUAAGGCGACCCCUCCUAAGACGAAACGCGCUGAACGUGCCACUCGUAAAAAGCCCCCCGCAUCGCCCGUACCUCGCCCCGAGCCUAGGGAAGACAAUAGCGCCAUAUACUGCAAUUCCCUUGGCAUUGAUCACAAUGUCCUCCAGGGCCGUGGGGCGAAGUUUGAUCAGAUACUAACAGACCUCGGGUGGGACGGAAAACUUAAAGAUGACAAGCGGGCCGAGGACUUUGAGGCGGAUAUUCGCAGAGAAAUUGGCAGGGUGCAAGCCAGUAGUUGGCUUGGUCACCUUGAGUUCCGUGAAGGCCAGGCUAAUGAAUUGGGACAAUUACUCGAUCAAACGAUUCAAGAAUGUGAGGAGCUCGAUGCGCUUCUUACAUUGUAUUCCCAUGAGCUUAGUACUCUCGCAGACGACGUCACGUUUAUCGAAUCCCAAGCCGAUGGCCUUCAGGUCCGCGUUUCGAAUCAAAAGCUGCUACAAAUGGAAUUGCAGAAUGUACUAGCCCCAGCACGAUUUUAG